AUGAACUAUACGUUUCAAAUUGCGGUAGAGGCAGGGCGAUACGAGUGGGUACAGAUGCUGCUGACCGCGAUGGAAGAGCAACAUGAGACAUUUGACGCUGCCACUAUGCCCGCCAUGAUACAGGGCGCGAUGGAUCGGAAUGACCUGGCCAUGACUGAGCGACUAUUACAGCAUAGCAAGAUCUCAAAGAAAAGCUGGAUCAAUCUGGGGAAACAUGCCUUGAAUCUCCACAAUGAGCAACUUUUGCGGAUUAUUCUCGAUUGCAGUCAAAGCGAUCCAGCACCGGGGCAGGCUGAUCUUAACCAUAUUCUUCAUUAUGGGGCCAUCAUUGGCCAUGUCCCGUCUGUGGCGCUACUGUCAGAACGAGGAGCGGAUAUCAACAUGCUGGGGCUUGAUAUUGAGAAUCCGCGCGAUACUCCCCUUCAUACCGCUGCUCGGAGGAAUAAUAUAAAUGCUGUCGCCUGGAUGAUUAAUCACGGGGCCUAUAUCAAUACCCAGGGCUCCAAGGAGCAGACGGUGGCUACAGCGACUAUCGACAAAUCGCCACGCUUAACGCGAGAACCCUGUAGCGGACAUUGUGACGAUUUCUUGUACCCUCCUUCAUCCCAAGGGCUGCAACCGGGCUCACCGGGCUUCGGGGUGGACGCAAGGCAAUUUGACCGCUAUAUUAUGUCUCUGGCAUUCUCCACGUCUCCCGAGAUGAUAUCACUGCUAUUAGACCAAGUCGAUUUGGCACAAAUAGGCGAGGAGAUUCUGUUCCGCGUUUCAUUGUGGCGGGGAAACAGACUUUUACUUAAGGAACUGUUAGCCAGAGGGGUUUCCUUCGCGGCCAGGCGUGAAGAUAACAAUGUCCUGCACUGCAUUGUUGGUCAUACAUUUGACCCAUUUGACGACGGUCAAGUACAACAUAAUAUCGAUGCCGCAGAGUUUGUAAUUGAUGUCCGUCCGGAAGCACUCUCAGAGGCUGGUAAGGACGGAAACACACCGCUUCACUUGGCCUUCUAUAGCCAGCAGCCUUUUCUGGUGACUGCGUUGUUGAAACGGGGAGCCUCCCCUCAUAUCCAUAAUAAUCACGGUGUAACACCCCUCGGGUUGAUGCCGGAUUACUGGGGUGAUAGGUCUCAACAAAUGUUUGCGCCAUAUCUUUAA